CGUGCGCUCGCUUCAUGUGCUUGAAAGGCAUGGCGGUGCUCUGCGCGUCGUGAAGGUCUAUUUUUGUGCAUUCUGAGCGCCUUUAGUUUUUCGAGCUCAAUUAAGCAUUGAAUAGCGAGGCUGUAAGCAUAGCUGCGUAUCUUGCUCGUGCGCUUGUGUUCGUGCUUGCUUUCGCGUUGCGUUUUCCCCGGUUGUCUAUGCCGUGCGCUACUUUAGUUCUCUCUUUGGUCUACCUUCGGGUGCAGCUAACCAACUGAGCCUCAACGACUGGUCAGCUGAGCGUUUACAAAACCCGUCCCGACAAACGUCUCGGCAAGACAGCGCUUGCCCGCCACAGAGCCGCAUCGUGCACUGUCGUAUCCUGCCCGAGUUGUGAUGGAAACCGAAGUACAAAGAGCCGACGAACUGCCCGGCACCGAAGAAGACCCGCGAGAUGCAAACGCCGACCUUCCUAAUUUGGACACAAGCCCAGAGGAUUUGCCAAAGCAGCAGGAAGACCCUGCCGCUGACAACUGCCUAGCUGAGUGCGUUGCAGUGCCUUCAGAAGCUGAAAUCGUAGCCAAUGGAGAGCUUGACCCCUCUCGCCCGGACUCUCCUACCGCCGAGAUUUCCGAACCCGCAGAGCCCAUUUCCCCUGAAGAAAGGUGCGAGUCUCCUGCUUCCGAAGACAAACCGGUGCCUCCUAUUCUCUUCGAGAGGGACCCGGAGGUCAUAAAGCUCAUGGAAUCGUUCGGUGGCAAGGCAAAGGAGAUGAAGGCAGCCAUAAUGGAGACACUGAACAGCAGGCUAGCGUCUGGAGACAGCCCUGUGCCGUCAUUCGAGGAAGAGGCAGCCAAUAAACUAAGUUUGCUCAAACAGGUUAUUCAGAAGAAUGCAGUGGAAGCCGCUCAGACAUCUAAGUCUGUUGAACAGACAAGCACUCCUCCGUCCUCGUCAUCCCCUGUUCCACGAAAAGAGCCCUGCGUCACAGCAGCGCGCAAGAGUCCGUCCCCUAAGCCAGAGACUGCUCGGUCCGAGAAGUCGCCGUCCCCUGCCACAGUGUCACCCAAGUGCUGCACCCCGCCCGAGUGUGUUGCUCAUUGCGACAAGAAGGUGGCACAGCCGACUGCAACCACAGAGAAUGCUACCCAGCCAAGGAGCCCAUGCUGUGGUGGCAUGCGACGAUCGCCACUCCGCAAACUUGGCGCUCAGGAGGCCAACAGCACCGCUGCUGCAAAACGGAAAGGCGAGCGUGCCGUUGAGAGUGUGCUGAAAAUCCUGGAGCCCCACGAAACAGCUGAGGAGAAGCUCGGCGCCCUGUUCCAGCACUACCUGGGCUUCCAGGAAGGCACCUGGCAGCUGCAGGCAGCUGUGCAGAAGGCUGAACGGCAGGUGCGGCAGCUGUCAAGGGAGAAGGAGCAGCUGCAGGCUGACUGCAACCGGGCCCUGCUGGCCAAGAGCAAGCUUGAGAGCCUUUGCCGCGAACUCCAGAAGCAGGCCCGGGCAGUCAAGGACGAAUGCAUGAUGCGCAUCCGGGACGAGGAGGAGAAGCGCCGGGAAGUGGCCUCCAAGUUCCAGACAACCCUGAUGGACAUCACGGGCGUGCUGGAAGAGAACCAGGCACGCAGCGUGCAGCUACGUGAGGAGAACUUCCAGCUGGCCCAGAGGCUGAAGGGCGUUAUCGACCACUACGACCUCUGGGAGAAGAACGUAGAUGCCGUUGUUCAGCAGAAGGAGCUGCAGGCACAGGUGGCCACAACACACCUGGCCAAGGCCCAAGCACAGUUGCAGGCAGAGAGGCAGGCAUUCAUUUCUGAGAAGCAACUGGUGCUGAAGCAGGUAUGUGAGUCGCAGCGGCAGCAAGAGGAGCUGGCGGCGCGAGAGUCGCACCUGCGGGAGGAGCUGUCGUCUCAUGCCAGCAAGUACGAGGAGUUCCAAGGGGCCCUGGUGCAGAGCAACCAACUGUUCCGCACUUUCAAACAAGACAUGGAAAAGAUGUCGAAGAAGAUCAAGAAGCUGGAGAAGGAAACAGCGCAGUGGAAGUCUCGCUGGGAAGCCAGCAAUAAAGCCCUUGCAGACAUCACAGCAGAAAAGCACGGUAGAGACAAGGAACUGGUGGCUGUUCAACAGCGGGUCAUCACAUUGGAGAAGCUGUGUCGUGCACUUCAGCUAGAAAGGAAUGAGCUGAGCCUGAAGGUCAAGGAGCUUGGGGGAGUUGGCGUCGACAGUGCCACUGAAACCCCUGGCUCUACAACAGUUGUGAAUGAGUCAACGGAAGGAUAACACGUUUAGUUGGGAAUCAUAGAAGUACAAAGCUCACACAGGCCUUAUCUCCAGUCUUCUUUUUUUUUCUAUCUUUGUUUUAGCUAUCAGACAAGAUACAGACAUGAAGCGCUGCAGUCAGGGAUUGAGUAUAAAAAAUUGUGGCAACGUAUUUUCGGCCACUUACAUUAUUUAAGUAUCGCGCACUGAAUGGUUAGUAAACAGCAGCGCACAAGGAUUUCUGGAAAAGAAAUUAAAUGUGUGCCUGUGAUACAGGCGUUCAGAAGAAA